AUGGCGGACCUCAGAAAAGAGAUGUCGCUAAAGGCCUCGGCCAGGGUCUUAUUAGAGAGAAUUGCGGAGUUCGACGAGGCGAUCGCGCGACUGGUCGACAAAGAAACAGAACCGUGGGUGUCAUAUAUGAAGUACAAACUCGAAGGUGCAAAGAACAGACUUGAGUUACGUAAAGCAGAGCUUCCGAAAGAAGACUACGAGACCACCGCGAAGGAGUUCUACACUCAACGUCUUUCCAAAUACGAAGAACCACUCGUCAUCGAGAUCACCGACUUAGUACAGAUUGCUUCGACAGAGACAAAAGCUUGGACAGACGCUGCCGACUCUUCGCGUACUCUCCGACAGCUGAACGAUUCACUGAAACAAUACAAACUUGAACUUCAAGAGAAAGAUCGAACGCAGGUGGUCUCGCAGGAAUCCGGACAAGUGGCAGUUGAUGACAUUGCCGUACGGAAGCUAAAAUCGGACGUCGAGGCCUACACCGACAAGGUCAAGGAGUACUACAUGAACAAUCAGACGCUCUGUAGCACAGCGCACAAGGCAACAGUUACAAUGAAUCUUGCCGUAAAAAGCGAUCUCAACAUACCCGGUGUCGGAAAAUAUAUUCCCAUCCCCGCACCCGUCACAAUUACGACAGCUCAAGUCAAGGUCGCGGACUUGGCCUGUAGCUUGGAAGCCGCCGGAAAGGAUGUCACAGUGGAUGAAGCUUCCGGAGCGAUUUUCCCCAGGCCCAAAAGCGUGACAGCUAUAGUCACAGUAGACCAACAGCUGUCAAAGAUCCAGUUAUGUUCACCCCAGAAGCAUUACACUGACGUCCAACGGAUGAGGCGGCGUGAUUUCAAGGUUGGCGACAUAGGCUGGUUCCCCGUCUUGCGUCCUUCUUUAGCAGAGUCUCCGUCAGAUAUCCAUACUCAGUACGGUUACAUUUGCGCAAAGUCGUAUCCACUGAUCAUAGUGGAAAUGUUUCAAGACUGUAUGUUGGGCCUGAUCAUCUCGACGGCAAACAGAACUGGCCUGAACAACAAGGAUCGUUCUAUCGUAAAUCGCAGCGUCCCAAUCAUCACCUACAUGUCUCCAAACCCCACAUCGUCGGAUUGGGGCCACAGCCUGUACCCAAGACAACGGCUUCGCGCUAACCGUUCUGGUCGUUACCAACCACCUAACAAUGCUUACGUCGACUUGCUCAAUGCAAUCAUGAUACCUUAUGAUACAAGGUUUCGAAAGGAAGGAGAAUUACUUGCAGGCGACACUCUUCCACUCCAGCAGAUGAGACUUUCGGCAGUUCUUGGGACUCCGGGAAUUAAUACAAGCACGCGUGCAGAGUUUUGCAACUGGUUCAAGAUGUGGGCAGACAAGGAUCAUUUAUCAUAUACGCUCAAAUCUAUAUACGAUAAAGAAGCGGUGGAGCUCAAGCGGUUGCGAGACAAAGAGAUGGCGGGAUUGCAUUCUAAGAGAGAUGCUGCAUGGAAGAUCGAGGCCAAGAUACGGUCGGAGGCGAAGGAACGUGAAGAGGCUAUGAGGCGCGUUGAGUCUAAGAAACGCGAAGAAGCGAAGGAAUACGAAGAAGCAAAGCAACGCGAAGAUGCGAGAAAGCGGACAGUGCUCGCGCACGCCAAGGCCACCUGGGACCGCAUGUUUGCUCCUGGGCGCGAAGAUGCCAAGAUCCAAAUGGACAGAAAUGUCAGGGCGUUAACUCGCGGGGCCUCUCGGGGACCGAAUUGUGGUUUCUAA